AUGGGCGCCACACAGCAUAUCGAGGACCAGGUGGAGUGGGACAUGGUACUCGAGAAGACGCAGGUCGUCGUCGUUGACUUCUACGCGGACUGGUGCGGUCCCUGCAAGAUGAUUGGCCCUCACUUCGAGCGCCUGGCCGACGAGUACGCCAAGCCCAAGAAGAUGGCCUUUGUCAAGGUCAACACGGAGAAAGGCAGCAUCGGUCAGAUGUACGGCGUGCGCAGCCUUCCCACGUUCAAGGUGCUGCACAAGGGCGUCGUCGUCGAGACCAUCACCGGCGCGAACCCGGCGGCGCUGGCCGGCGCCAUCGUCAAGGCCAGUAAGCUCGUGCAGGGCGGCAGCGGCUCGGAGGUCUUUGGCAACCGCGGCCAGACGCUCGGAGGUAGCGGCGUCAGCGGCGGCGCCUCCGCCCUUGGCAACGUGACGUUUGAUCUCGUCUCGAUCAUCAACCAUAUCAUCACUAUUCUCGGACUAUACUUGGUGUCGUUCUUCUCGAGCGACGCGUACAGGUCAGCCAAGAAUUCGUCCUUUAAUAUUGAAAAAAAGAAGAGCAACGCCCCUGCGGCAGGUGCAAAUGUCUCACGACCUGCUGCGGCUGCACCUCCCAAGCCAAAGACUUUCAAAACACUGGCAGAUUUAAGCUCAGAACAUAUUGUUCAGCCUAGGAGCUACAUUGCUACAGCACUGGUGACAGCGAGGGCUAUUGCACCGACACCCUGCCUGAUCGCUGGUGCCGUAUCCAGCCUCACCCAGGUUGAGCAGCCGCUCCCUGGCGUCACCCUGCACUGCCCGCCCCUCGACGUUGAAGCAGGUGAAACUUACGGGGAUGGAGCUCGUGGCGAGGGUGAUGGUGUUGCUGAUGUCAUUGGCGCCGAAAGAAUCUCCGUGGCUGUCUGUGAAGAGGGCAAUUUGACUGCCUGCGCCAGGGACGCCGCCGCCAAGACGAGAGAAAUGAAGGCUGCGGUCGUGACUUCGUGGUUUAUCUUGAGCUUCAAUCAUUUUUCGACUUCGCGACGCUUACGAGACGGAGGGGCGAUCAGAGAGGCGGAACAAACCCCCGAGGAUAUUGAGCAAGUCGUGCGCGAAGCCAAACAGCGAUUUCGAGACACAUUGCCAAAGGGGUAUUUGACCGAGGAGGAGUAUCGACUUUACGAGAGAUUAUACGGCCCACCUCUGCGAGAGACGACGCCCGAAGAUGUUGGCAUCCCAGAGCACUCCGAUAUGGGAGGCGCGCGCGGCCACCCAGAUGGCCAAGGAGUACUGCUUCGAGAGCUGGACGGGGGCGAAUUCGAACAAGUUCGCUACGAGAGGGCAACACAAUCGGCGGAGGAUGGCGAGAGCGCCGACAAUGCCGUAGUUGCGAAAGAGCCCGGAUACAUCGACAUUGUUGCGCGAAGCGAACGAGAGCGCGUCGCCCUCGAGCAGCUGCAGAAUGAAUUCGAAACUACCGUACGGGUCGAAGAGGAAGCAGCGUAUGAGCGUGAACAUCCCGAGGAAGACGACGACCUUCUCAGUGGUAGGGACGAAGAGACCUCAUGGGCGACAGAAUACUACCCAACCCAACAGCCAACGUCAACCGGAGAAGCUCGCCGCUUCCACCCUUACACGUUGGAAGGCCGGUUUCACGACAGCCCUGUGGAGAUUUUGCUCCCACAGGAGCGCCUGGUAAAGCCUCUGCAGACGCUGCUCGGAAGAACACACUUGGAUCACGUCAAGACUGCAGCAGAGUCUGCAUUUGGAGGUAGGGGCCUGCCAACAUCUCCUGUGACACCAUUUAGCCUACGAAACGGGCACAUGGGUGGAAUUGGUCUACCUCCGGACACAAAACACAUGACGGAAAUCGAGGCAGACGCUUUCCUGGCCGCCUAUCUACCAGGAGCGUAUUCCAGCAGCAUGGCAACGCUUCGAGAAGUACGAAAACGAAUUGGCGGUGACUGGAUCCAAUCGCGGUUGAAGAAUGACGGACCAGGCUUAAGUGUACUGGAUGCGGGUGCAGGAGGCGCAGGCCUUGUCGCUUGGGAACAAAUCUUGCAAGCGGAGUGGGAUCUCCUUGCAGAGAAGGGGGAAGUCGAGGGCGACAAGAUACCUGGCAAGAAGACAGUUGUUGUGAGCUCGGAUCGACUCCGCGGGCGCCUCAAGACGUUUUUGCACAACACCACCUUUCUUCCGCGGUUGCCCGACUACUUGCACUCUGGCACGAUGAAGAGUGCCGAGCAUCUGGAUUCCGGAGGCGAACCGCAAAAGCGCAAGAGUUAUGACAUUAUCAUUGCGUCACACUUAUUUUUGAAAGAGAAGCAAGAUCACUACCGGCAAGCCAUCCUGAACAACCUCUGGACGCUGCUGAACCCAGACGGCGGCGUGCUCAUUGUCACGGAAAAGGCUCACCCGCGCGGCUUCGAAGCUGUCGCGCACGUACGAGAUACGCUUUUGAAGCAAUUUCUGCUGCCUCAAUCCGGCGAGAACCCAAUGAAUGCAAAGGACUUUAACCCAGGAUACCAUCGGGAGCUCGAGGCAGGCCGAAUCCUUGCGCCGUGCACCAACCACGGCACAUGCCCGAUGUAUCCGGAACCAGGCAAGAGCAGAGGACGGAAAGAUUUCUGCCACUUUAGCCAGCGGUUCGUAAGACCCGGCUUCUACAGCAAGCUGCUAGGCAGCGAGUCGCAUAACCAGGGCGAAGUCGAGUUCAGCUACGUGGCCAUCCAGAAGGGCGUUCAAAAGGGCGAAGCGCAGGACGGCAAGGAGCUCACCGAGGAGGCAUUUGCCGGGUACGAAGGCGCCGAGGAGGUGCCGGACAUGUGGUCGCUGCCGCGCAUCAUCCUGCCACCGAUCAAGCGCAAGGGCCACGUGACGCUGGACGCGUGCACGCCCGAGGGCCGGCUGGAGCGGUGGACGGUGCCCAAGAGCUUCAGCCGGGUGGCGUACCACGACGCGCGCAAGUCGCGCUGGGGCGACCUGUGGGCGCUGGGAGCCAAGACGCGGGUGCCGCGCGGGGCGCGCACCGGUCGCGGGGCGGGCACGGAGAAGCAGCGGGCGAUUGAGGCCAAGCGGGCAGAGCGCGAGGCGGCGCGGGAGGGGCUGGGUACGGACUGGCAGAUCAAGACGAGGCCGGGACGGGGCAACAGCCGCCAGAGGAGGCGCGAGGAUCUUAUUAGGCAGAUCAUGCAAGAUCAGAUCGACGAGGAGGACGGUGAGAUUGAUCGGGAGGUGGACGAGGAGCUGGCGGAGCUGGACCGUGAGGUGGAGGCUGAGCGCCGGUUCAAGGACUAA